CCUCGUGUCCGUUCGUUUAAAAGCAGGGUUCACGAAACCCUCAUAAGCCAAAACCUCUUCGAUCCCUUGCAGAGCGUCUUGGGAGUCUCUCAGUCACCACUGCUACCAAACGUCAUCGAUCAUAACUCAAUGGGUGGCUUUCCUACUACGAGCGCCUCUAUUGCUGCCACAACAGGCAGCCAUGACGACCUUAAAGACCUCGUUCAAGAAGUUUUCGACGAGUACAUCACCAACGAGAUGCCCAUUCGCCUACUUCAUAUCACCAAACACGACCAGAAGACAAAGUUUAAACUCGUGGACAGGGCCUUCGUAAGGAACCACUUCGAAUCAGUCCCCGACAUCAUUCACGGAGAAUUUGCCCAAAUGAUGCUCGUGAACGGGGAGGAUAGGGAGGAUCGUAUCAGAGAGCGCGUGAAAAAGGAACUGAAAUAUGCCAUCUUCUCGCAUAGGUGGUUGCCGGGCGAACAAGAGCCUCUGUAUGACCACAUGUCGAAUCAACCGAUGGAUAUCCCUGACGAUCCCGAGCCAGGAUGGGAGAAGCUUCAAAUAUUUUGCCGCACAGCAAAGGAUGUCCACAAGUGCGAAUUUGCUUGGUCUGAUACUUGCUGCAUAGACAAAAAAAGCAGCGCAGAGCUGGAUGAAUCCAUCCGCUCCAUGUUUCGCUGGUACAGGAAUUCCUAUAUAUGCAUCGCUUUUCUGUCAGAAACGGCAGACCUAGCAGCUCUUCAAAUGCAGGAGAAGGGUGAAAGAGGUGAAAAGGCGAGAAUCGAUGCUUGGUUCAUAAGAGGAUGGACGCUUCAAGAGCUCCUCGCUCCAUCACAAAUCAAAUUCUACGGAUCACAUUGGAAACCCCUCAUCCAAGGCUCUACGAACGACAGGGACAGUGAAGCCAUCAUGCGAAAGAUAUCGGAGCUCACGGACAUUCAUAUGAAUGAUCUUAUAUCAUUCACACCUGGCACCGAUCGAGUUCCAGAAAAGAUGUUGUGGGCAUCCAGGAGGCGAACAACUCGUAUCGAAGACAUCGCUUACUGCCUUAUCGGAAUAUUCGAUAUCAGCCUCAUGAUCGCAUACGGCGAAGGCAACAGAGCCUUCUUCCGUCUCUUGGAGGAGAUACUGAAGAGAUACGACAAAUGGGAUGUGUUUUUGUGGAGCGGCCGUUGUUCCCGCUACAACGCAGCCCUCCCGAAUGCUCCGCACUGCUAUGCUGCGGGAUGUACUGAAACACUCCCCAGCGCAGUUGACGAGAUUGGAGAUAGACGCUUUGCCUUGACCAAUCACGGCCUCGAAAUAAGGGUGCUCCUACUGGCCGUCCAGGUAGAGGACAUCACCGAAGAGCUGCCUGACUCGAGAUGCCUUUCGUUCAGGCAUGAUUACUUUAGGGUGAAGGUGAGGCACAUUGGCCCAAAGCGCGAACGUCGCGACACGGCCUGGGCAAUAGGUGUCCUGGACUAUCGCGUAGAUGGUGAGGAUGGUUCCAUCGACAGGUCUGGGAAAAUCCCAUUUACCGGGUUCUUGCUGUCCUCGGAUGCACAUGCAUCUCCUCAUCUAGCGGCAACCGCAAGGUGGAAGAAGGAGAUGACAAAAGAAGUUAUUAAAAUUUGUUGUCCCGACCACGUACCAGAACACCCGACUCUGUUGUACCUUUAG